GUACACGUCAGUUGAAACGAGUGGUAACCAGGAAGUGGCUAGUAAGCUAGCAAAGGAUAAUGAUCGACUGAGACUCUGCUUCUAUUUUGACAGGUCAGUAACCAUGCUAUGAAUGAACUUCAGAUCUCAGCCAGUCACCGAUACCGUACUUUGUUAGCUGCUGACCCAUUUCUGACCCGUCAACGCCAUGUUAUUUCGUGACAUCUGGUCGGUUACUUCAUGACUAACGUUAGCAUUACGGCACUUAUAGCGAGUAGCGUGCAGCAGUCCACUGACAACGUUGCAUUGCCGGGUUAGUGGUGAGGUGUUGAUGGUGGCAAUAAACCACCAGCUGGAGGUUUUCUGGGAGGAACAGGUUUCUGUUGUCGCUGCUUGGAUCGUGAACACUUUGCAUUGUGUCAGGAUAAAUCUUUUAGAGGGUCAGGGCCAGAUAUUUCACCGCUUCUGUCAUCGUGCAGCGUUACAGGAAGUUUCGUCUUCAGGACCGUCUACAGCUGAUUUUCUAAACAGCUUUGGAUAAUGAAAAACCUCAUUCAUUUGAGAGUUUAUGUGCUCAGUGAUAAACUCAGUUUAGCUAUAUUCCUCAUGAAUAAUAUUAAGUUAGGAUUUGUACUCAAACUUCCGGAGUAAUAGGCGGCUGCAGGUUUGAUUUGGAUUUUUCCUGAAAGCUUCUUAAUCUCAGUGAGUCUAGUCUUCAGGUCUUAGGCUAUUAUGGUGACCAACUAGCUCAGUGAAACUUCAUCAACCGUAGACAUAUAAAAAAAACAUCUUAAAGCUUAAAAUUCAAAAUCUCAGAGUAAGGCAUGAGAUAUCGUUGCUCAAAUAAGAACAUUUUACUUUUGGGGCAAACCCACAGAUUUGUUUUACUGUGGGUUUUGUCUUAUUCGUCCUCCUGACAAAUGUGGAUUUAUUACUAUGAAUUUAUGGUGGCAGAGAACCACCACUGCUGCAAAUAAAAAAAGAUGCAAAAAAAGAGAAGGCACAGCGGAAGUUACAGAUGGCAAAAAAGGAAAUGAAGCCCGCUGCAAAUAAUAAAAAAAAAAAGAAACAGUGCAGAGUGGCUGGAUUGUAAAACACCAGUGCAUCAUCAUUAUUGGUCCCCGGCAGCUCACUUCUAUUGUCGCUUUUUUUAUUUGCAUCCUUUUAUUUUCGCAGUAAGUAACUUUAUUUUUUGCAUUGUCACUUUUUUUGUGUCGUCAACUUCCAUUGUGGCUUUUUUUUAACCAGCACCGUUUCUUUCUUUAUUUUCAGCAGGCUUCGGUUUCUUUUUUUUUUUCCAUCGGUAACUUCUGUUGUGGCCUCUUUUUUUUUUUUUUUGCUUUUUUUUUUUUUUUUUUACUUGCAUCAGUGGCAGUUCUAGGCUACCGUAAUGAAUUACUAUUAAAUUUCCCUCUGGGGAUAAAUUAAGUUCUUAUUCUUAUUUCUAGUUCUACAGCUUGAAGAGUUGUAGGACCAACUUUAAAAACGUGCAGUUUGAUCAGGAUCGGUGUGAUAUAGCUUUUUUCUAUUGUAUAUGAACUGCAGAAAAAAAUUGCAUUGAAGUCAAUGGGACAAGCCAAAUAAAGAGCAAUUACUGGAGUUUUUCACACCUCUACUGCUUGUCCUUUUUUUCAUUUUUGUUGUUGUAUAAAUAAAUACUUGAAGAUUUUUUUAGGUGUGCUCAUUGUAUAUAAUAUCACAAUGGUACUGGUAUUAAUUAUUUGAAAUCUCUAAAGAAUCUCAUCAUAAUGUACACACCUUUUAAAUUUUUCUUGUUCAACUUGCUCUUAUUUGUACCCCUAUGCAGGAAAGUUUUAUAUUCAUAACAGAUUUGCUUAUUAUAUAUGCCUAAGAAUAUCCUGACUCAGAAUAGUAUGGACUACUUUUAUUAAUCAGUAAAAGUUGAAGUAUGUUAUGAUCUCCAAUUGUGUCUCCAGCUUCAGAAGGGCAGGAUGGGCAGGCAGAGGAAGAGGCCGGUGCCUGGGGAGGCUGCUACUCCUCCAAGGAAAGAUGAGAAGCCCCCUGCAAUUCAUCGCAAAGAAAAGAAAAAGAAAGUCGACAUUGGAAAAAUCUUCAUCAACAUCUCCAUCGGCCUUUGCAUCUUCAGUUUGAUCUGGUUCUUUUAUGCUCUUUACAUGCGGUCCAGCCUGGCUAAACGGGUGGUGACGCUACAUCCGUCGCCUCGUGUCUUGGAUGCCAAUAGCAGCAGUGCCAAGGUUUCCCCUGAAAGGUUCUGGGGCUCAUAUAGGCCUCAGGUCUAUUUUGGGAUGAAAACCAGGAGUCCAAGUUCAGUGGUAACAGGUAUGCUGACACACCCACAACUCAGCUAAUUAGAUAUAUGGCAGGACAGUCAAAGGACAAACCCAGUCCAAAAAAAAAAAAAACUUAUCAUGAAACAAUGUCACGUACGUUUAAUUUGUAAAUCCAAAAUCAUAAACUACAGUGCGAGAUGAAUAACUUUGAUUUGCUGUUCAAAAAAUUAUAAUCUGCUCCUGUUUGGGAUUUAUUUGCUGUGAAAGCCAAGCAAGUUGAAGGGCAUUGUUCCCUUAGGUCAGUGCAAUAUAGUGAAGAAUUUCAACCAAUUCAAAAAGUGGUUCAGUUAUUCCCAUUUGUCCCCCAUUGGUGUUUCAAAUUUAUACCAAUAAACGUAAAAUUUUAAAGUAACUGCAUCAUUUCAAUCAACUGAAAGUUUUAGCUGUAAAAUUAUCGCAUGUAUGGCUUUAAUUUGAACUUAGUGCGAGCAAAAUCGAGCCUUGGUAAAUCAGAAGGCUGUAAACAGGUGUAACCUUUUCUGUCUGAUAGUAUGAAUUAGAUCUUUUCUGUCCAAUUCAAAAGCUUUUGCUACAUGGUCAAAAUUUUAACAAUUUCCUAUCUCAACAUGACCAUCAUACUUGUGUAACUACAGCAAACAAAACCUUUUUUGUUGAAUUGGUACAGUUUUUAUCAUUAAAAUCACAUUUCUAUGUGAAAUGAAUGUUGUCUCAGGGUAGAUUUACUUUUCAAUAUUUAAUCCUUUACUUUGAUAAAAUAUUUGCUUUUCUGCUCCAACCAAACCUUCACUGUUUAAUUGCACUUCAUCAGGGAACAGGUUGGGAAAAAAGCCCAGGCACUUGUCAAAUUGAAGUAAAUUUUGGCCACAGUUCCUAACACUGUUUACCCUGUCAGCCAAUUAGGAUAACCAAUAUUGUUCAUUAGCUGAAAGCACAAACUGCACCAUAUUUUUCAAUAUUGAGUUAAAACACAUAAUUAAGAGCUGCUGUGCUCAAAAUCCCAGUUGGCUGGGGACAUGGUGCAUACAGUGACUAAUUUUUGGAGACUUUCAUUUUAUGUAGAACCACUGUGUGUUUUUCUAAUCUUUAGUGCUGUAUAACCAUAAUGCUCUUACCUUCACGCUUUCAUUUCCCCAGGCAUGAUGUGGAUGCGUCAGUUUUCUGACAUGGAUGUAAACCUAAGGCAUACUUGUGAGCAAGGGGAUCGUUUGCAAGGCUAUGGCUGGCUGAUGCAUGAUGGGAUCACAUUUGGCGUCCAAGAAAUCCGAGACAAUGAUUUCACACUCACCACAGAGUUUGUGAAGAGGAUGGGAGGGAAUCAUGGAGGAGACUGGACCUGGAGGAUCACUGCGAAACAACAUGUGAAUACUGAAUGUUCAUUCUGUGCACACGCAAAUGACUAAAUAUGUUCAGCAUGUUUAAAAUACAAUCAAAGUUUAGGCUUAUUUAUUAUUAACACUGUAUUUUUUUCUUUUCUCUGUACUCUGCAGAGCUCUGUGCCACAAGCACCAGUCAUCUCCCUCAUGUUUUACGCAGCAGCAGACUCACAGGGCUCACUGGAGGCCCAUAUUGAGGAGAGAAACCGCCUCGCAUCCAUCACUGGUUUCUCAGAGGAGCUUGGCAACUUUAAGAUUAGCUUCCGAAAGCCAGUUACUGGGGAGUUAUCCAGCGCUAAAUAUGCCAGGUACAGGAGUGAACGGUCAAGUCUGCAGCUGUGAAAAUAGAGUGAUGAGGGAAAACACUGCACAGUGACUGCCAGCGCUCAGUUUAAUCAGACAAACACAUAAACCAUCAAAGAAACUGAGAAAUCAAAAUGACAUGUUGUAGCAAUAAAGAAUGGUCUUUUGAGAUACCUUUGAUAAAGCGUCCAUGCGCUCUGUCGAAUGUGGUUGUUUAAAGUGUGAUGAAUCACCCAACUUUUCAGAGAAGACAAGUACCACCUGACCAAUCCAAAAAUUUAAAGCUGUUGCAACUCCCUUUAUUCCCAAAAUCAGUUAUGUAAAUGUUGGGAGAUACUAAGACAUCAUGUCAUUUUGUUUUGUAGUUUAAACAUAAAUUUAAGAUAAAGAAGAAAUCCUCCCACUAGAUGGCAGCAUAAGGGGAAUUUUCAUCUUUUGUUUUACCAGUUUGCUUUUUCAAAAAAGAGACAGGAAUUAGGAGGACGAGUCUUUUAAAAAUUCCAAGUUUACCCAUUGUCCUCUCUAAGAUCAUAAUCUUUUUUAUUCCUUGACAUAAACAACAACCAGCUCUUUAGAUUAAGGGCUGUGAUCUAUCAUUUCUAAGAUGUCACUGAGCUGUUAUUUUAGUCAGUGAAAGGGUUCACCUGCCUCAUUCCUCAAGUCCUUUUGUAUCGGGUGGAUCAGAACUCUCACAGGGGGCACCAAAAUUUCACACUUGUUUGCAGGCCAGAGAACACCAGCAUAGAAAAAUAGACAGGUACAGACUGCAUUGAUAGAAAUGAUAAGAAUAGUUUGAGCUGUGAUUUAUUGUUGGGAAAAUGAUGAGGUGUAAGUGGGAACUUAAAACUUGAUUCUACUGUGAUCGGUCACCUAACCUCUGAGUCAGCAGUACAGUAUGAGACUUCAAAGCUUGAAACAUGCCUUCAGGAUAUGACACAAUGUGCUACAGCUUCACAAACAUAGCUAGUGCAGUUGAGAUCACUUGUGUGUCAGUUGAUGACUAACUUCUUUAGAGGUCUGUGUUACUGCUUUGAUUUAAUGGAUGGUUAAACACAGCUGUUAAUUGUAAAGCUCCUUGUCUUUUCAGUUACAACUUUCUUCAGACUGUCUCUCCCGGCUUGGAGAAGCUGACUGACAUCGUGAAGUACUGUCUGAACCGCAGGUUUGUUUACAGCCCUCCUUCUGGUGAGAAGAGGCAUUAUAUAGCUGUAGACACCUACAAGCCCCCCCACCACCAAAACCAACAGAAACCUGCCGAUACGAGGAAAGAAAGUGACUUCGUGGUCCAUCAGGUGACUGUCCAGACACCGUUCCAGAUCGAAGUCUUGUUUGAGUCUGGGAGCUUCCACAAUCGCCCCAACCAAAUGGUGGGCUCUUUCAUGACUCAGGAGCUGGAGAAGAGGAAAGCGGAGUUUGAUGCAAAAUUUGAGAAGACUUUUGGGCUUGGCAGCAAAGGACAUAGCCAAGCACAUAUUAAGUUUGCCAAAGCAGCACUCAGCAACAUGCUUGGUGGAAUGGGCUACUUCCACGGCCAGUCAAUAGUGCAGUCGGUCUACAAUGAAUACCCUCUCCUGUAUCCUGAAGGGGCUUUGUUCACCGCGGUUCCAUCGCGCUCUUUCUUUCCUCGAGGCUUCCUUUGGGAUGAGGGCUUCCACCAGUUGCUGCUCAGUAAGUGGGAUCCCCAGGUGACCAGGGAGGCAAUCGCACACUGGAUAGACCUGAUGAAUAUGGAGGGCUGGAUCCCCCGAGAACAGAUCCUGGGGGACGAAGCUCGCAGUAAAGUCCCAGCUGAGUUUGUUGUUCAGCGCAAUGAGAAUGCCAACCCACCGACUCUCUUCUUGGCUCUUCAGGAGCUCAUCGAACAGCUUUCUUCUAAUUCAGAUAACGCAGCAUCUCAGGCGACCUUGCCAUUUCUCAGAAGACUCUUCCCCAGACUCAAAACUUGGUUCGAGUGGUACAACACAACACAGACAGGACCCCUGCCGAACUCUUACCGCUGGCGUGGACGGGACAAGGACACCAAUCUUUUCCUCAAUCCCAAAACCUUAACUUCUGGGCUGGAUGACUACCCACGGGCUUCACACCCGUCCGCAGAUGAGCGCCAUGUCGAUCUACACUGCUGGAUGGCUCUGUCCUCAGGCAUCAUGGCCAGCGUAGCCCGGCUUCUCGGCGAACCCUACGAGGACUACGAACUCUCCCACCAAGUGCUUAGCGACAACAACCUGCUAGACGAGCUCCACUGGUCAGAACAACUUCGUGCUUUCAGUGACUUUGGAAACCACACGCAGUCCGUGUCUCUGCAGCAGGAGAAGGUUUACGUCCCACCUGGACAACCUCGUCACCAGUUCCCUGUCGCACGCCUUGUGCGCUCCGUCCGCAGAGCUCCCAAACAGCAGUUUGUUAACGCGCUGGGUUACGUUAGCUUGUUCCCUUUUUUACUGCACAUUCUCACACCAGACUCACCCAAGCUAGAACAUAUCUUUCGAGACAUGAGAGACUCAAAUAAACUCUGGACACCCUAUGGCCUGCGAUCACUUUCAAAGUCGGAUCCACUGUAUAUGAAACGAAACACAGAACAUGACGCCCCCUAUUGGAGGGGCCCGAUAUGGAUUAACAUCAACUAUUUAGCGGUGAGAGCCCUGCACCACUACAGCAACGUAGACGGACCAUACAAGGAGAAGGCAGCUACUCUUUAUGAGGAACUUAGGACUAACAUAAUCAAUAAUGUUUACAGACAGUAUAUCGAAACAGGCUAUAUCUGGGAACAGUACAAUGACAGCACUGGCAGGGGCCAAGGAAGCCACCCCUUCACCGGCUGGUCUGCCUUGACGGUACUAAUGAUGGCUGAACAGUACUGAUGCUGUGGAUCCAUCUUAUUUGUUCUAAGAUGUUUGCCUUCAUUUAACUGAAAUCACGACAUGAUCAGUUGUUGCGAUAUAUGUUUAAAUCAUUCGUCUGAUUGAUGAAAUUCGUGGAAUUACUGAAAAACUGAGGGCAAAGUGGAGCAGAAAAAUUAAAAACCUGAGAUUAUCAGAUCAAUUUUUACACGCAAAUUAGUCUGGAGUCCCUCAUUUCAUGUCGGACCUCUAACAGGCAUUUUCAGUGGACGCAAACCGCAGGCCUAUAUCAUCUCAACUCAAUAUAACAACCCAUAAGAGCACUAAAUCAUACCAUAGCAAUACAAGGCUAGAUAGCCUCUGCCACUUACAAAUUCACAAGACUUACAGCUCAACAUGAUGCACUGAGGUUUGGUAGGGCAUGAUUCAGAUGUCAGGGUUUAAUCAUUGUAUGUAUCAUGAACUACAGCCCCUUUUUGUAAAUACUGAUGUGGUGACAGACCCAGGAUGUUUCACAUCAUGGUUUUAAAAAUGUUUCAGUAGCAUCACCGUAUUAAACUCGGCCCAUGUUAGAUAAAAAGCUAAGCUAAGUUUGUCAAAGCAGAAGGAGACCAGACACACCUGCCAAGAAAAAAAAGAUCCAUCCUGCAGAUUCAUCUGGUCUCCAAACUUGAACGUGUCUGUCAUGAUCACAUUUCCACGGUUAUAAAUGUCACGUGUAGUCUUGUGGGGGGUAAUUUCAAACAGUCCAAGUGCAGCUACUCUGUCUUUGCUGUAUGUGGUGCCAAGCACUGCCUGGUGCUUCAGUUGUCUCCUGAAGAUUGAAUAAGGAAACACUGAACUCUUUCAUGAAGUUGGGCACGAACACAACUUCAACUGCAGUGUUUGAAUAUGAAAAAAAAAUAACACGGGCAAAUGAUUACAUCUUAUUUACUUAUGUGUGCCGAAAACUGCUCGGCUGAUGUUUGCACACAGUGUUCGUGAAGUCGUAAAUGAAGAACUCAGAUUUUCAGUCUGUAACUUAAAAAAAGGUGCAUAACAUUAUUUUCUUUUUUGCGUUUAAUUGACUAAAAAGAGCUGUUAUAUUUUGUUGUGCCAUUUCUCUCUGAUCGUACGUCCUCAGUUUUUUUAUUUUACUGAAAUUUUUUAUAUUAGAUGUUCCUGAUUAUUGUCUUUAAAAAAGAACAGUGAUCAAUCAAUUGCUCAUCAUUUCUUCAAUUACUCACAGGGAGCCCCAUUUUGUAUCCACAGCCCAUGGCUUUACUGGCAGGGAAUACUGCAUUGACAGUGGCAUUGGUAUUUGUUUUGUUAAAAACAAUAAAGAGUUUAAAUAUUUA